CGCAUCGUGCGUUGGUUGAUUGACGCUUGCAAAGUUUACCGGAGUCGCACGGGUGUGCACAAGUGUGUAGCGCAGAUUAUUUUUUACUGAUAUAUAGACAAGUUUUCACAUCAAUCUCGAUAACUAUUCCAAAUUCAGUGCAGUGCUUAUAGUGGUUAAGUGAAAGAAGGACCCGACAAGAGUGAUAGACGAAAUAGACGCGAGAAAAAACGGAAUCAAUUGGUGUUGGCUCAAAUCGGCAAAUAAAAAAAAACAAAGAUGGCAGCGCAAUCCAUAAACAAAACCGGCUCCGGAUGGCCCCGGAGAACCAGCCAGGGCACCAUGAAUGAUAUUAGCAAAGCCCAAAAUAACCAGUCGAUGACGCUGAACCGAACGAUUAAUCUUUAUCCCUUAACGAACUACACUUUCGGAACGAAGGAACCGUUAUUCGAGAAGGAUCCCUCGGUGCCGGCUCGCUUCCAGCGAAUGAGAGACGAAUUUGACAAAAUUGGAAUGCGCCGUUCGGUGGAGGGAGUUUUGUUGGUUCACGAACAUGGUCUCCCGCACGUACUGUUGCUACAGUUGGGAACCACGUUCUUCAAGUUGCCAGGUGGCGAACUCAGCGCAGGAGAGGACGAAGUGGAAGGCCUUAAACGAUUACUCACAGAGACUCUAGGCCGGCAGGAUGGCGUCAAGCAGGAUUGGAUCGUCGAGGACACCAUCGGAAACUGGUGGCGACCGAACUUCGAACCGCCGCAGUAUCCCUACAUUCCGCCCCACAUCACCAAGCCGAAAGAACACAAGCGACUUUUUCUGGUACAGCUGCACGAGAAGGCUCUUUUCGCCGUUCCCAAGAACUACAAGCUAGUGGCGGCCCCGUUGUUUGAACUCUAUGACAAUUCGCAAGGAUACGGUCCGAUAAUAUCGUCACUACCGCAAGCGCUGUGUCGGUUCAACUUUAUCUACAUGUAAACGUCUUCCCGAUGUGGCCCAUCCCGCUCCGUAUGUCAUUGAACCAUACCUGUAAGUACUAUGACUGAUCGUUCAACUGGAACCCGACAUUGGCGUCACCUGGAGGAUGUUUAAUAUUAUACGCAGAUCUGCACCCCGAAGAGAUCACAUUCUAGAAUGGGAUUUAGAAUCAACAACACACACACACACACACUCAUCCAGCACAGAUUGUGUUGGAUUUUUCGACGAAUUUGAAUAAUCCGUCACUCAUUUGAUAAAUUAUCGAGAGAGAAAGAGAGAGAGAGAAAACCUAGUGUAUUAAAAGUCAAGAAUUUAGGUCUAAACAUAACCGAUUUGCGUACAUAUUUUGUAAUGGAAUAUUGUUGAGAAUGCACAUUGAAAACUGAGCGAAUAUACACGAAAAUCUCAAACUACUCGUUUGUAAACUUGUGAUUGUCUACCGAAA